GUCAGACUUGACAUUGUCAUGGCAAAAUAAAUAUAUUUUUUGAGUGCUUUGGGUUUGAAAAUCUCAACCAAAAUACGAUAGAAUCCUGUAGGAAAUUUGUAGUAUUUCGCAUAUAAUGCGUAGAGGUAUGCCCAACGUUGAUAAUAAAUUUAGACACAACGCAUCGAAAACUGACAAGAAUACUUUAGGCAACUUAGAUUUGUUAAAUUUACGUUUUAGUUCACCUCCAGAUAAGUUUAAGAAAAAGGCAGAAAAGGAAGCGGCUUCCGGUGAUAAUCGACUCGCAGAAUUACCCCCAGACAAAACCAAAUUAAGACACUCGUUUCAAAGACUCAACUUGGGAGAAUCCAAGUUGAGCAAAGAUUAUGCUCAGACUAAAACAAAUCGUAAAUCUACGACAGCACAAACGAGAGUAGAUCCAACAAUCGACGAUUUUUUACUACCACCAAGGAAAAAAAACUCGAGAGAAUUCAGCUCGAGUAGAUCAACGUUUCAGUUAAGUAGCGCAGGUGACGCCGGAAAUUUCCCGUUUAAGGUUACUCCCAGUGGGAAUUUAAAAGUCAAUUCACAGCAGGUCGUUUUCGAGUCGAAGAAACUCAGUGUUUUAGUUGCAAAUCCGGAUCGAACCCACAUCAAGAUAUAUUCGGACGAAUCUAGUGACAAAGUACCGAAAAAAAUGGCGUACGGUUCCGGGGAAUUCACCAGGAAUUCGGCCAUGGACGCAAUCUUGAGUCAAGUGACAGGGGGUGAGAUUUCCGGUCUCGGCUCUAUCAUCGGGGACACCCCUGCCCGGAGCAUGAAUAAAGUAUCAUCAGAGUACGAAAGCAAACAAACUUCGGAAAUCUUGGACCCGGAGUUGAACCUCAGCCGAUUGGGAUACACCGGAAGUGAGCCCAUCGACUGGAACAAGGUGACCCUACCUGAGAAAAAAGACUUGUAUUUGGAGUUAUGUAAACGUAUCACAAAUAAAAGAAAUGCAGAUUGUAAGGUGCACAUUGGACGAGAAGAAUUUAGCUGUCACCUUGUUGUCUUGCAGUGUUAUUCCGAACUUUUCGACGGCUACAUUGCAAUAAAGAAAGUCGAAAUUCCGGCUGAAAAAUGCAGUGCAGCAUCGUUCGCUUUUAUUUACGACUGGAUGGUGAGCGAAGAUCAGUCUUAUAAAUACCUGACUCGAGAAAAUGUCCUCGAUAUUUUCAAUUCAGCAAAAUAUUUGAAAAUUAAAGAUUUGGUCGAACAGUGUUGGGCGUUUGUCGACAAUUGCGAAGUCUUCAAUGAAGAUACAGCUUUUCUUCUUUACGUCGAUGCUAAACAGAAGCGUCUUGAAGAAGUUCACGAGUUGAUGGUCCCACGUAUCCAGGAUUUCUUUCUGAUUUUAGUCAGUUCGCAAGAUUGGCUCGAACUCGGGGUAGAAGAUGUUAAAAAUUUGCUCAGUUCCAAUUAUAUCAGAAUUAAUUGCGAAAUGGAGGUUUUCAUGUCGGCAGUCAGGUGGCUUAAGUACGAUUGGGCCAACCGUGAUAAGUACAAAUACGAAGUUCUGAAGUGUGUCAGAUUCGGUAACAUAGCCGCUUGGCAACUUGUUGAUAUCAAACGCAAUCCUGAAAAUCCCGAAUUUAUGGAAUUAGCCAAAGACCCGGCCAUUUGCAAGUUGAUCGAUGACGGCCUCGCGUUCGUGAUUAUCAAACAUUGGUACGACCACGACAAUGACGAUUUUCAACACUGGAACUCCGUCCUGGGGUUGCAAGAGCCGCCCGCCAGGAACUGGAGCGGUUUGGAUAAGACAUAUUUCACUUAUCGUGAAUUUUUGAUCUACUUGGAUCAGUAUCGUCGAAACCAGUUGAUCGAGAAAAGCAAACCUCGAAUGAGUCACGAGAAAAAAUUAGGAGUUCCUUCUGGUACGGUGAUGUCGCCGGAAGAGCCGGUCCCCAGCAUGGAAGAUUUUUUGUCGAAGAAGAAAGCGUUACAUAUGCAACGUAAACCACUAAUUGUACAAAGAGUUGAAGUUAAACAUGGAAUUCACUUUGACGAUAUCGAAGAUGAUGAAGUUAGAAAUGUGCAAAGAAUAUUUACGCCGUCUCAAAACUCUCUUGCUUUGGCAUCACUCAAUCGAUUGAGUACUUCUUUUCUCAGUCCUCAACCCAGAAAACUUCUCGUAGAGACGACUCUUUUUCAAGCCGAAAGAGAGACAAUUUUAGUUUUUGGUGGGAUUAAUCCUUAUGCGAAUUACGGUGAACCUAGAAAUACAGGAGAUAAUAUUUUCCGGUACUUACCGGAUGCGAAUAUGUGGGAACAUGUUGGAACCAUGCCCGAACCCAGGAACCAUCAUGGGGUGGCUUACCUCAAAGGAAGAAUUUAUUUAGCAGGUGGUACUGAUCCUAGACCAGACAAUUUAAGAGGCAAAUCUCGAGUUGUUGACACAGUUUGGAGUUUCGACCCCACAACUCGUGCUUGGUUUAGCGAAACUAGUCUUGGCAUGAAACGUCGAAAUUUUGGUUUGGUGGUACUCCAACAGAGUAUGUAUGUGAUUGGUGGCUGCAAUGAAAAGUUAGAAUCGUUGAAUUCGGUCGAAAAAUUCGAUACUAGAGAAGAAGUUUGGAAGUUUGUAGCUCCUAUGCAUUAUGCCAGAGCCGGAAUGGCCUGUGCGAAAUACCGGAAUUUUAUUUGGGCAGCUGGGGGUACCGCCGACCUAAAACGGAAUCUCCUCUUGGAUGUUGUUGAAAGUUAUGACUUGAAGAGUAAUCAAUGGACGAAAAUUAAAAAACUGAAUUCACCUCGAUGCUUUGGUUGUAUGUUUGUCAUGUCUGACAAUUUGUAUUUGAUUGGUGGCACCGGUCAAAAACAGACAGAGUUUAAAUCGACUUCGAGUAUUGGUUUUGUGGAUAUUUGGGAUACUUCAAGUAUGUCGUGGAGGACCAUUAUGGGUUUGACCAUACCACGACAUGGUCAUGCUGUUGCAUAUGUGGGUACCCAGAUUUUUAUUAUGGGUGGUGUCACAACGAUUUAUACGAGAUGUUUAUCUAACAUUGAGUGUUUUUGUUGGAAACGGGGUGCUUGGAUUAGAGGUAUUGCUGAUUUACCAGUGACCUUAUCAGGACACGCUGCUAUCACACUUCCCCCCGCAAUGCUAAUUUCAAACGAAUAAGUUGAUAAAAACAGGAACCAAUAUUUUGCGAGGAUUUCUGUAGUGAGUAUUACAUAAGCGUGUUACCUGACCGAAAGAUGGCGUUCAGAUAGUUGAAGUACUUUUACACCAUAACCAUAGUUUAGUU